UUUGAUAAGAUAGGUUUUUUUUUUCUCAAUUUACAAAUUACGAACUUUUUUCUGUACUUGUCAAACAAUUUUUCCCUCGUAUCUUCCUGAUCUCCGCGUUCUUAAAGGAAAUAUAACCAGCUUAAUUUCAUGUCUACUUGAAGGAGUUAAUACGUAACUCGUUUGUCUUCUUCAACUGAAGUUUUUAAUCUCCGUUACAUCGUCCGGUAUCUCUAACUCGUUCUCGAACUUUUCUGUCUCACACAGGUUGUUUCAGAAGGUGGUCAUAACCUUUGAAGAAUGACUCAAAUUGAUUUUAAGGAUAAUGAACAGGAGGGAGUGGAAGAGCUAAGGCAUCUUUUGAAAGGAACUAUGAGUCCAGAAUUAUAUGCAGACACAAACAUGUUCCUUAGGUUUCUUAGAGCUAGAAAUCAUGACAUUAGAGCAGCAGAAAACAUGUUAAGAAAUCAUAUAAAUUGGAGAAAAUUGAACAGAGUAGAUAGCAUACUGCAAUGGUAUAUACCUCAUGAAGCUUCUAGAAGGUUUAUACCAUUUACCAGAAUUGGAGUUGACCAUGAGGGUUCUCCAAUUACCUAUUCUACUUUUGGUGCCCUUGAUGCGAAAGGACUCCUAAAAACAAUAAAAAUAACAGAAUGUUUACAUUUCUUCAUAAAUUUACUGGAAUCUGAUAUUUUUGUAAUGAAAGAGCAAAGUGAAAAAUUGAACAGAAAUGUUGACAAAUGGAUUCACGUACUUGAUUUUGAAAACUUCCCACUCACACUUGCAACUCAUAAGCCAGCUCUUGAAGCUGCUAGUAAAAUGCUUUCUAUGUACGAAGGAAAUUAUCCGGAGCAUCUAAAGUGCGCAAUGAUAAUAAAUGCUUCAUGGUACUUCCAGAUUGCGUUCACCUUUAUUAAACCUUUAAUCACUGGACAAACCUUAAAUAAAGUUAAAAUUUAUGGAAAAGAUGGUUGGCAGGAAGAUCUGCAGAAAAUUAUGGAUGUUAAUGAAUUACCUGCUUUUCUAGGAGGUAAUAAAACAGAUCCUGAUGGUGAUCCUAUGUGCAGAACAUUCGUAAGUUCAUUCAAUUUUUGAUCCGUAGAGCAUUCGU